GACGUCGCAGCGUCGCAAAUGGAUUUGGCAACUUCACCAAAUUUAGACGACCAGUGACUUGAUUUCAGUGGUUUACCAUGGCUCCCAAGAUCCCUCCUGUGCGAUUUGUUAAAACGGUCUUGAAGUCCUUCAUGGCUGAGUCGGGUCUUGAGCCGAGGCUAUUCGGAUCUCAUCUCCGAAUAACCAACGCAGUCCCAGGCAAGGUAGAUUUCGAGCUAGAUAUUACGAAAGAGCACACCAAUCGUCUACAAAUCCUCCAUGGCGGCACUAUUGCGAGCAUGGUAGACCUGGGUGGCUCACUGGCAGUCGCUUCUAUGGGCCUAUUCGCAACCGGAGUUUCGACAGACCUUAGUGUCACGUACCUAAGCAGUGGCGGCAAGGUCGGAGACAAGAUCCAGGCCACGGCAGUUUGUGACAAAAUGGGUAAGACCUUGGCAUACACAUCCAUCACAUUCAAGAAUGCCAAGGGCGAGCUGGCAGCGCGGGGAAGCCACACCAAGUACGUCACACAGGCCUGGAAAGGGCAGAGCGAAACGUACACGACGCCUGAGGGUGUAGAGACUGACGACGUGGAUUAAUGCACGUCAUUCGCUUACUUACCCUGUACACGUGCGCAUGAAGACCAUAUACAUUGGUUUAACAGCAUGCGGAGACGCUUUGUUCCAAUAGACCUAGACCCCGUAAAUUUCAGUCGUAUUGUCAUAUUCUUGUCGGACCGCACGAGCCCUUUUCUAGGUCUUUUGAUGCCUGACAGCUAUAUUCAAGUUUUCUUGGCCAUAACUAAUUGACCAAGCUGAUUACCCCGUGCUAUCUGCUCUGGUGCAGUACGUAGUCUUGUAUCGUGCUAUGUCUUCAUGUACUUAGAGGCCGUUAUGGCCCAUUGCGCUCUUGGACAAGAGGUGGG